AAAAACUGCGUGAGUGAGAGAGAGAGAGAGAGAGAACCAGAGGCAGUCCUCACUGUAACCAGAUACUUUACUUUAGCACUGUCCCCGCCCCCCCACACACUCUCUCUCCCUCCCUCACUCGCCCUGGUGCAGCAGGAGCGCUGCUGGAAACUCCAGAUCUCCAUGUCGCGUGAAGCUACAGGUCGUCACGUUCACCAGACACUCGUGGGCUCGAGGACCGCAUGAGAGAGAGCCUGAGGGUGGAGACGCUCUCCGGUCGUACCUCGGUUUAUGUUGGGCAAGGGGACGAAGCGGAAACGGGACGAGGACGCAGAUGGGGCGGGGCUGGGGGCGGAGCUGUGGGCGGAGCUCCCCGCACUCUCCCCCUCCGAGCUGUCGUACGCGCUGCAGCGGCAGACGGUUUUCAACCUGUCGCUGAUGAAGCUGCACCAGCAGGGGGCGCCGGCCGAGCCCCGCCUCCAGAGAUGCGUGCUGGUGAGCAACGUGCUGCGGCGCAUCCAGGAGGAACUGCGGCGCGAGGGCGGCCCACAGGCCCUCCUGUUGCCCCCUCCGUCGAACCCGAGCCGGGACGACCCCUUGGACGAGGGCUUCCGCGAGGUGCCGCCGCCGCCGCCCCCGGUGGCCACGCCCCUUUCCUUGCCCCCACCCCGCUCCCCCACUCCGCAGGACUCCUGCCUCACGCCUGCAUCUCUGCUGGAGGACGACACCCCUGUGUUUUGCACCCUGGCUCCCCCCUGUCCCGUCCCCCGCGCUCCACCGAGGACGGUCCCGUCGGCGCCGCACGGCACGGGACAGCUUUGUCGUGUCCAGGGUGCAGCUGUUGUGGCCCCGCCCCCUGCGACGCCCCUCGUGGAUCCCAGGGAUGUCGAGAGAGCCAGUGGUCAGCGGCGGAGGCGGGGUGUCACCGUGGAGACGCUGUCCUUCGGGGGUGUGGACGCGAGCUCCUCGUCCUUCCUGGCCGACCUCACCCUGGACGACAUUCUCUUCGCCGACAUUGACACCUCCAUGUACGACUUUGACCUGUGCUCCUCUGCCUGGGGGGGCGGCGCCGCCUCCAGGGUGUCGCCCGACGACCUGGUCAAGAACCCGCCCCCCUGCGGAGCUGGCAGUUUCCCCAUGGGGUCCGGCCAGCCGUUCAGACCGGACCUGUCCGAACUGGACCACAUCAUGGAGGUGCUGGUCGGGUCGUGACGUCGCCUUCCCGCCGCGGUUUCUGUACGUUUCCCGCGACGCGUCGCCUUAGGAACGACCUCCGGCCUCUCUGAGGAAAGGGAGGAAAAUUCCAGAAACGCUCCUCUUGGCGCAGGCGCCGGUGCCUCGAGUGGUCGCACCUUGGACCCCGGUGCUUUUUCUUGGAGCGCUUCCUCCCGCUGAGAGUCAGGUGGUGUGUUUGUGCUCAGUGGUUGUUCCUCAAGAGCAGCGCCCCCUUGUGGUGCAACAGUGAAGUAGUUCCCAGAUUGCUCUGCUCCUGCAUGUGUGCUUUGGUAUGAAAUAAUUCCAGAAAUAAUCUUUUUUUUUUUUUUUUUUUUUUUUUUGCUUUUUCUUCUCAAGCCAGUGUUGCUGGUGCCUCUUCAUGUGGCUGCUGAAGGAGAAGGGGAUUCUGGGAUAGAAUGUGCUUGUCCUGUAUGGUGGUUCUGGGCAUGUGAUAUGUCGUGUGUUUUUUUUUCAUAAACAAUUAAAUAUUUGCAAACAUAAGGACACAGCUACUGUAUUAUCACCCCCCCUCCCCCCCUUUCCAGGGGUGUUCAGGUGAGGCACCUGUAACUGGUGACACGUGUGCAUCUUGCACACAGGUAUAGAGCAAAGAGCAUUGAACUAAAACAUAGUGUUUCACUCGAAAGGAGGAGGUGUGAGCCCAGCAGACCGCUCUCUGGGCGGGACUGGAAUGGUACCAGUCACUCUGGGACCAUGUUCAUAUUGCACAUUUUUAUGGUUGCGUUCCGGUUAACGGGAGCGAGCGCCGGAACCACUAGUUUUUUUUUGAAGCCCGAUUGUCGGGAGGCCCUGACCGGACACAUACGCUCAGCUAGAACAAAUACAACCACUCCUUGUGUUACAGAGACCAAGUUGAUGAUGUUCACAGAUUCAAACAUUUUCCUAUUUGUGUUUUACUUGAUUCUCUCAGCUUAUCUGGUUCAAAAUUUUCCAUGUGCAGCAUCGUGAACGACACCCGUUUACUCCAAUAGCCACUAGGGGGCAGUAAAGAGCAGACGGUGCAGGAGGGAGGAACCGCCUUCGUUCAACUCCCUUCCGCCGCGUUUACAGCUCCCGCCUGCUCUUCCUCAGCAUCACUGAUCGAUAACGAAGAUGAGGAGCGUUGAACGUGUUCCUGGGGUUAAUGACACAAUGGAGACGUGCGACCCUGACGCUGUGGCGCAGGGUUCGAGUGAACGUCCGCUUUGGACACGACCACCGGGACAGAGCCCGGGGGUGUGUUGCUCGUUCAUAAUUAAUGAUUAUUUGAAACAUUGAAGACAUUUAUUUGCUUUCGGUGUAAAUAUAUUUAUUUUGCUGUGAAUUCCACGUGUACCGAGAAAGCGGUUAAGAAGCAGCGUCUCGGGAGCCUCCGGUGGACAUGGAAAGGAGGUGGAGGCUCUUGGAUCUCUGACUGCUGAUUGGAUAAUUUAUCUUAAUGAGUAUUUAUUGGGUGAUUUUAGUCUGUAUUUAUUUUGGGUAACUUAACAUAUACCGUAAUAUUUAAAUGACUAUCAGGUUUAUAACCAUCCUCACCCACUCUUUAAUUUUUCCAUUUCAUACAGUUUUAUUAGUGUCUCUCACACACACACACACACACACACA